AUGACAACUUCUAAGCUAAUACUUGGAAAUGAAAGCUUGACUGAAGAAGGAAGGAAGAAGCAGAAAGCACACUUAUUGAGAGGAAGCCUGGAUUUGCCAACAGAAAAUUGCCUUGGUGUACACAGAGCCAUCAGCUCUUCCACCAGUGCUCCCAAAUAUGCUCCAGGUAAGAGGCUGAGGGAGCAUCAAAACCGAGAGACCGGCAACAGAGAUGACAGCUGCUCCCAGAUGUUACCAUGUGCAGUGGAGCCAAGUUCCCCAGAUGAUGGGAACAGCCACUUGGGGUGUCCACCAGGCUCCAGACGUCUCAGAAGCCUACUGCUCCAGCAACAAAUCAGCUUUGAAGGACAGAAGGAAGACUGUACCAGCUCCCUGGAUUUGAGGACGCUCAUCUUUGAGCAGGUUCUAGCCCCAACCCAAAUUCUGCGGUUCAGUCUCAUUGCAAAUAAAACCCGCCUGCUCUGCAGUGUCGCUGGUCCUCUGGCUACGACCAGGGUUGGAAGGCAGGUGACCUGCGUUCUACUUAGUCUCGCCGCUGUCUCGCUGCAUGACGCUGUAAAAUUCCUUGAAGUAAUCAAGCCCUUCUGUGUUAUCUUACCUGAAAUCCAAAAGCCAGAACGGAAAAUUCAGUUUAAGGAAAAGGUACUAUGGACAGCUAUCACACUCUUCAUCUUCUUAGUAUGCUGCCAGAUUCCCUUGUUUGGUAUCAUGUCAUCAGACUCAGCAGAUCCUUUCUACUGGAUGAGAGUGAUUUUGGCAUCAAAUAGAGGUACGUUGAUGGAGCUGGGUAUUUCACCUAUUGUCACUUCUGGGCUCAUCAUGCAGCUCUUGGCAGGUGCCAAAAUAAUUGAAGUUGGUGACACCCCAAAGGACAGAGCUCUCUUCAACGGAGCACAGAAAUUGUUUGGAAUGAUCAUUACCAUUGGACAGUCUAUUGUCUAUGUAAUGACUGGAAUGUAUGGAGAUCCAUCUGAGAUGGGUGCUGGUAUCUGCUUGCUUAUCACAAUUCAGCUUUUUGUUGCUGGAUUGAUAGUUCUGCUGUUGGAUGAACUCCUACAGAAAGGAUACGGUCUUGGUUCUGGCAUCUCUCUCUUCAUUGCUACCAAUAUCUGUGAGACUAUUGUGUGGAAGGCGUUCAGUCCCACCACGGUGAACACAGGGCGAGGCAUGGAAUUUGAGGGAGCCAUCAUUGCUCUGUUCCAUCUUCUGGCUACUCGUACGGACAAAGUCAGAGCUCUUCGUGAGGCCUUUUACCGUCAGAAUCUCCCCAAUCUUAUGAAUCUGAUUGCCACCAUCUUUGUCUUUGCUAUUGUAAUUUAUUUCCAGGGCUUCAGAGUGGAUCUUCCUAUCAAAUCUGCUCGCUACCGUGGCCAGUACAACACCUACCCUAUCAAGCUGUUCUAUACUUCCAACAUUCCCAUUAUUCUUCAGUCUGCACUGGUGUCAAACUUGUAUGUCAUCUCCCAGAUGCUUUCUGCUCGCUUCAGUGGCAACUUACUGGUUAGCCUGCUGGGCACUUGGUCUGACACAUCAUCUGGAGGCCCUGCUCGUGCUUAUCCAGUUGGUGGACUUUGUUAUUAUCUGUCACCUCCAGAGUCCUUUUCUUCGGUGUUAGAAGACCCUGUCCAUGCAGUUGUUUAUAUUGUAUUUAUGUUGGGCUCUUGUGCUUUCUUCUCCAAGACAUGGAUUGAAGUCUCUGGCUCCUCUGCCAAAGAUGUUGCCAAACAAUUGAAAGAACAGCAAAUGGUAAUGCGAGGCCACAGAGAAACUUCGAUGGUACAUGAACUAAACAGGUACAUCCCUACAGCUGCUGCAUUUGGUGGUCUCUGUAUUGGCGCCCUCUCUGUCUUGGCAGAUUUCCUUGGGGCAAUAGGGUCUGGAACUGGAAUUUUGCUCGCUGUCACUAUCAUUUAUCAGUACUUUGAAAUUUUUGUAAAGGAACAGAGUGAAGUUGGCAGUAUGGGAGCUCUUCUUUUCUAAACCUAGCUUCUCAUGGACCCAGGAAAGAGGGGAGGAACAUUCUCAAAAUAUAGCCAGUCAGGUGAAAAGAAGUAACGUAAACUUGAUAAUGUCAUUCUGUAGGAACACAUAUUUUAAUGUUUCCAAAGCGCAUUCCCUUAUGUUCAGACUUUUCUAGCAUACUGUUUGCAUUUUAUAAAUUGAUGAGGAAAAAGGUGCAAAAAAAAUUUUUUAAAGAAAAUUGUUUUUUAAUUAUGUGUUAGGGUAAUCAGCUUUCCGAAUUGGAUUUAGUUCAAUGAAUCUCAAAAUUUUUUUGAGCCC